UAGUUCGUGCUCUGGGAGGAUUCACUGGGAGGACCAGGCGGCAUGCCGGGAUAGUUCGUGCUCUGGGAGGAUUCACUGGGAGGAUUAGGAGUGAACAUGUUGGCUCUCCGAGUAAUCCAGAAAUCUGCAGCAAAUGGAAGGAUGCUGUUCCCAGGAUCUUUCUGCCAGAUCAGCACUGCUGCCCCUUUGAGAAGUUUCAAGUACGUCAAUAUGAAGGAGGAACCCACUGAUAUGCGUACGAUCACUGACAAUGCAGCUCAGACCCUGUUUUGGACAGAGUUAUUUCGAGGCCUUGCAAUGACCUUGAGCUACUUGUUUCGGGAGCCAGCCACCAUUAACUACCCGUUUGAGAAGGGGCCCCUGAGCCCUCGGUUCCGAGGUGAACACGCACUGCGAAGGUAUCCUUCAGGCGAGGAGCGCUGCAUCGCUUGUAAACUCUGUGAGGCUGUCUGUCCUGCUCAGGCAAUCACAAUUGAGGCAGAGCCAAGGGCUGAUGGGAGCCGGAGAACAACAAGAUAUGACAUCGAUAUGACAAAGUGCAUUUACUGUGGUUUCUGUCAGGAAGCUUGCCCAGUUGAUGCCAUUGUAGAGGGUCCUAACUUUGAGUUCUCCACUGAAACACACGAGGAAUUGCUGUACAACAAGGAAAAACUUCUGAACAAUGGGGACAAGUGGGAAGCCGAGAUUGGAGCCAAUAUCCAGGCUGACUACCUGUACCGCUGAAGCAUGUUGACUCAAUAGAAUAAAUCUAACUUUUCAGACUAA